UUCCUGUGGUACCGCCCUUGGGUGAGUGGAUCUCGCCCUGGGAAGAUUUUUUGGAUUUAGCGAAACUGUCAACAAAGUCGUGCUGAAGCUCGCUCGCUAACACGGAGUAUUUAAGGCAUCUCUUCUCUCUGGUAUAACACUGACUGACUGAUCUGAGCUGAGCUACCACACGAGCGCGUUCUACUGCUGCAACCAUGGCGCUGCCGUUCAAGAAAGACCUGGAGAAGUACAAGGAGAUCGACGAGGACGAGAUCCUGAACAAGCUCUCGGAAGAGGAGCUCAAACAACUGGAAAAUGCCCUGGAAGAGAUGGACCCAGAGAAUGCACUGUUGCCAGCUGGCCUGCGACAGAAAGACCAGACGACCAAGGCGGCCACGGGGAACUUCGACCGCGACCGGCUGCUCAACUACCUGGAAAAGGAGGCCAUGGAGUACAAGGACAGGGAAGACUUCGUGCCCUUCACGGGAGAGAGGAAAGGAAAAGCGUUUGUGCCCAAACAGAAGCCCAUGGAAAGCCAAUCGCAGGACGUCACGACCCUUGACCCGGAACUAGAAGAAGCCCUCUCUAGCGCCACAGACACGGAGCUCUGUGACCUGGCAGCUAUUCUUGGAGUCCACACACUAGUGACAAGUACACAGACGUAUGAUGGGACCAGCAGUAAAGAAGGCUACAAUAACGUCAUCAAGGGUGAGAAAAUGAACCCUGUAUUCGAUGAGCCACCAAACCCCACCAACGUGGAGGACACGCUGCAGAGGAUAAAGGCUGACGACGCCUCUCUCACGGAGGUCAACCUCAACAACAUCAAGAACAUUCCCAUCCCUACGCUAAAGGAGUUUGCCAAGGCCUUGGAGAGGAACACGCACGUCAAGAAGGUCAGCCUGGCGGCCACGCGGAGCAAUGACCCCAUCGCCGUGGCGUUCAGCGAGAUGCUGCGAGAGAACAAGGCUCUGAAGGCUCUGAAUCUGGAGUCCAACUUCAUCACGGGUGCAGGCGUUCAGGCCCUGGUGGACGCGCUCAAGGACAACGACACCCUCACGGAGAUCAAAAUCGACAACCAGAGGCAGCAGCUGGGGACGUCGGCAGAGAUGGAGAUCGCCAAGAUGCUGGAACAGAACACAAACAUCAUCAAGUUCGGCUACCACUUCACCCAGCAGGGCCCACGCUCCCGAGCGGCUGCAGCCAUCACCAAGAACAACGACUUAGUACGCCGAAAACGAAUGGAGAGGGAUUAACUCCACUGUGCGACCAGUCCACGCCGUCCCACCAUCCCCUCCCCUACCCCACCCUAACCCUGGUCCCCAUUCUUCCCCCACCUCCAUCCAUCUCCUCCUGCCUGCCUGCCUGCCAAACCCCACUCCUGAUUCCCCUUUUACUCCACCUGGUCUCAACCAUCUCCCUCCUGCCUCCCCUCCCCCCUCCUCCCUCUCUCCAUCCGGUCUUGUGCCAAACUCUCGGAGCACCAAGGCGUCCUCAACAACCGAACAGACCAACAAACCACCUAACCAACCAACCAGAGCACCGUCGGGAAGAAGGGAAAUAACUGGAACAGCCCUCUUCUUUUUCUUUUUUUCUGUUUAUUUUUUUUUUGCAUUUAAAUCUUCUCUUCUUUUUUUUACUGUUGUUGUUACUAUUAUGUGCUAUAUAUUAUCAUUCCAGCUGUGAUUGUGCCCCCCCCCCCC